UUUUUUGACAGCAUCCAAGAUGGCAUCAGCACCACAAAGUUCUUGCAGGCAUGUCUCCCGCCAGAUCUACAAGACAAAGUCAAAUGGUUUAACUCCAACAUGACUACCGAAUUUAAGGAGGACGAAGUCACAAACCUCAUUGCUGGAGAUACAUGGGGUCUGUGUACCACAGAGGUGUUUGGAAUGGGAAUGGACGUACCAGAUGUGACUUUGGUUAUUCAGUGGCGAGCAUCGUGCAAGUUGUCUGCCCUCUGGCAGCGGUUCAGUCGUGCAGCUAGGGACCAUGCAGUGGAAGGGACUGCAUUGCUGUUUGCAGAAAAAAAGUAUUUUGAUGAUGUAUGUGAAGAUAAGCGUAAGCAUCAGGAGUGUAAAAAGAAAGCAACA